AUGGAUAAACCACGCCCUUGUGGAUGCAAAGGCAGGCGAACAUGUCUCAUUUGUGAAAAGGACUUCAACAUUCCAGUGGAAGGUAACUCACUAUGUGAAGAUUCUAGUGGUUCAUCAUUCAUUUACUGCCCUAUAUGCAACAAAGCUUGGGAAGGGUGGAAUUUUAAACAAACUGAACAUCCCAAUCAUACAGGGAAAUCUUUAGACUUUCCUGGUGUCUACAUUGAUCUAAAUUUUCUUUCUGACAUAGAAGAAUUGAAGUUGAUCAACAGUCUUGAUGAUAUUCCAUGGGAUUUGUCACAGAGUGGUAGAAGGAAACAGAACUUUGGCCCAAAAUGCAAUUUCAAGAAGAAAAAACUGAGACUUGGUGAAUUCAGUGGGUUUCCAGCUUCAACCAAAUUUGUACAAGAUAAGUUUUCAGGUUUACCCAUCAUGAAAUGCUUCCAAACAAUUGAGCAAUGUUCCCUUGAAUACACCCCUGAAAGAGGUGCUUCUAUAGAUCCCCAUAUUGAUGAUUGUUGGAUCUGGGGUGAAAGAAUUGUCACAGUGAAUUUGUUAUCAGAUUCUGUGUUAACAAUGACAUAUAACAACAAACCAGAUAGGUAUAAUCUUGAUUGCAUUCAAACAUACCCAUCUGUGUUGAAUGUGGAUGGAAAAAUUAAUACUAGCAAUGAAAGAUAUGUUGUGAAACCACUUGAAAAGAAUGUGGAGUACCCUGUAGUUAGGAUACCUAUGCCUAGGAAAUCCCUAUUGAUUUUGUAUGGUGCUGCAAGGUAUGAUUGGGAACAUCAAGUAUUGAGGGAAGAUAUCCAAACUAGAAGAGUGUGUUUAGCUUACAGAGAAUUUACUCCCCCUUAUUUAGAUCAUGGGAAUAAGUUUCAUGAAGGAAAGAGUAUAUUAGAACAAGCUAGAAUAUUCUUUUGA